GUGGUGCCCGACCAACAGUUGUGUAAAUCCCCUGUCCCCUUCCCUCCCACCCUCGCUAGGUGAGAGCAAACUUUGGCCCGAGUUUGACUCACGCGCAAUUGCGUUCCUGUAAGGAAGUGGGCUGCAGCUUUGGGGGAGUGUGUCAUUCAUAAUGGCACGCAGCACAGGAGCAUAACAAGGAUGUACUUCAUCCAGUUCACUUCGCUCUCUCGAUUGCAGCAUUUGAAGAUGAUGCGAUUUUUGCUCCUGUGUCUGCUGCUGCCAACCCCUACUGUAUUUUCUGAUGAGAUUGAAGGAUCAGCUGUUGAUGGGCAGGAUGAUGAGGAUUUGUUUGAGGAAUAUGAGAUUACAGAGGUCCACGACAGAAAUGAUUCAGACACAUUUGUUGAUAAAACCAAAGGUGCAGAGGACAAAACAGAUCACUCCACUCUGAUUGUCAUCAUUGUAGCAGUGAGCGUGUUGACUCUCUCAGUUGCAGGCAUAGUUGCUGUAAUGUUAGUAAGACGCCGCAUGCACAAACAACAGCAAGGGAUUUACUCUGUACCUACAGAGCAGGACCAGAAAGGGGCAGUCUAGUUCCUGGAAAAGAAGCUAAUAUGGAACACACACGCAUGCAAGAGCGGCUCACAAGGCAAUCUCAUCUCACCGCGAGGAUUAUGCUUCUUUAAUAGCUCCGUGUAUUGCUCGUCCAAAACCUAUCAAUCCAUAAAUAAUGCUCUUAUAUACUUUUUUCUUUGUCCCUGCUGUUUGCCCCCAACAAAGACCCAAUUUGGGGAUAUUUUGAACAUGUUCAAACCUUCUAAUUGGAUCCUAUUUUAGGAAUCUAAAUCAAAAGGCAAUAAAUAUGGCUUAAUGCUUUUUUAAAAGGAUUUUUUUUUUUUUUUUUGCACUGCCAGAACUCCCCUGGUGUUUUAUUAGCAGAAAUAAGCUGCACAGUGAAAGAAUGUUUAAUUUGGUACACGUGGAGUAGACCUAUCCAUGUGAAAUGGUCGUUGACUGAGACUAAACAUGCUAAUCCAAACUAAGACAGCCAAGAGGGCCACACUUGCGUCUCUGGGUUGCUUGACUGACAUUUUAUGUUCCUGGCCCAUUAAGACUGACAGCAGGCUGUGGAAUAGAAGAUAAAACAUACCCAUCCAUCCCUUUAUUCUCAUCAGCCACUCCCAAAAAAAUGGAAACUUCAGAGUAAACAGUUGCUUUCAAGGCAGCAAAUUAAUCGAAGGUCAUGAAUGGGGAUGUUUCCUUUCCUCUUUUUGUUUUGGAAACUUCUCUUCGAAAUCCACCGUUGUGGAGCUUGUAAAUAGCCAUGUGACUGCCGAGGAGGCAGGUUAAUGGUUCACAUUCGUCGGAGGAGAGGCCGGGUGUGAAAAUCUCAUGAAUCAAAUAAAGCCUAAUGGACGAUUGGGGAGCAUAGCAACAAUACCUCAAUUCCAUCCACACAGAGCGAGAUGUUUCCCUGCUGUCGUUUUAGCAGAAAUCAAUCAUUCCCUGUGAAGCAAAGAUUUCAUUUCAGCAACGCAAGCCGUUGGUUAUUUGGGGGAGGGAGACUCUUUGUAGCAAAGAUUGAAUUGGAAGGGGUGCUCCUUUUCAGUUUCUACUUGUCGUCUAAUGAGAGGCUCUCUGAGAAAGGUAACACAGAAUUAAACCGUCCAUUUGGAAACAAAUAAGAUGUCACCUUACAUUCUCAUUACACAUUGCAACACUUCCUAGCAGUGUCAACAUUUCAAAGGGACAAUAGAAUUAAAAACUAUACAAAAUAUUUCAGUUUAUUUAGCAUAUAAAUACUUAUAUUAUCUUUGUAAGUUUUUCUAAACGCUUGUACAGAAAUCUAAAAAGCAACACAUCAUUUGGCCAAACUUUAUUUUUAACUGGCAGUACCUGAGCUUUGUCAAAUAUUGUAGCUUUAAAUCUCCAAAGCAUCUGUUUGGUGGGAGUCAUUUACCGAUAUGUUUGUAAAAUGUUUGUUUUUGUAUGUUGAAAUUGGGACGUAAGGGUAAAUGUUUAUACGUACUUUUGUAUGAGUCAAUUCCUGUCAACAUUUCCAUGUUUUUUCCCCCCAACAAGUAAUUUAAGCAUGCAAUCUUAUAAACAACAAGAUUUAAUAAAGGAUUUGUCAACGUUAUAUCAUUUGCACAUCUGGUAUGUGUUUUGAUCCGAUGUCGGUAAGAAUAUGUCAUUAAAUCGGUUUUAAAAUGUA